GAUGUACGAUCCUCAAAAGUUAAGUCGCAAUAUAAGAAUGAUGAAAUUUUCUUUCUUAUUACCCGCUUGUACGUGCAUACGUGCUGCAGGAAAUAAAAUAUACGUAACGUAUCAUUGAACGUAUACUGUAUAACGGGUGUUUAAUUCAAUGCUUCGUAGCAUUGCAUUAUACACAAAUAAUAGGAACUUAUACGAUUCUACUGAGUAUAUAUAUAUAUAAUAUUAUACGAUUGAAAUAUUUUAUUGGAAAUAUGACAUAACAUAUACAGAGUUGAGUACAAUGAGGAAAGAUCUAGGGUUUUGACACGGUGUAUAGACAGAUGAUGCGGGUGCGAGGAUCGUAACGUAACUUGGCUACAAUAAUCCGUAAUUUAUUUUACGUGAAUUAAAGAAGAUAAAAGAUGAGAGGAAGUAGAACCCGUAGCCGUAGUGUCAUACGUCAAGGGACAACAGGGAGGACAGAGGAAAGGGCUUAAAAAAUACGGUAUAGUAGUAAGCAUUUCGACAAAACAUUGGGGCAUAAUUAAUGUCGUUAUAUGUCGGCAUAUAUUUUGAUACAUAAAAGCCCUACAACUAAAAGGCGUACAGCUCUACGCUAGACCGGUGAGUUCCAACACAAAAUAUUGCUUGGUAGUACGGCGGACACUCAAAGCCAACUAACCAUGUCUGUACAAAGUGUUGCUCUGGCAUCUCUCACGGCCACCUAUACCGACUCGGAGGGCGAAGACGGGGUGGAAGACGACCUUCAGGAGAAUUCGAACACUCCCCAGGGGGCCGCCCCGCAUAAUGCCCAAGUCGGUCAGCCCCAGGCUUUCACCAGUCCCAAAUCUGGCACAUCAGCCUCAAAUAGUCCCGUUGUUGCUCCCAGCGUCGGUGGCAAGUCUAGUAACGAUUUGUCGAACGCGCCCACCUUAGUAACAGAUGCGAUGGCAUCUAAGGUGCAGAGAUUGGUUUCAUACUUUGAUGAUGCAGUGGUCUCCGAUGACGAGGGAGUCAUGCAGACGCCGGUCGAUGGACAGCCUUUUGAAAACGGAAGGCCCUCCACGAUUACGGAAUGCUCUCCCCGUUGUCAAGGAGAACAGUUAGUUUCAGAUGGCGAGGCGGAUACCUAUGGCGUUGUGAUACCGCCCGAGCCACCGGGACAGUGUCCCGUCGACUUGCAGGAGAAAAUAACAAAACUUUUUAGGAAAAUGGAGAGCGGCGGUUUGGACAUGAACAAAGUUAUACAGCAGAGAAAAGAUUUCAGGAAUCCAUCCAUUUACGAAAAGUUAAUUCAAUUUUGUAGCAUCAACGAACUGGGUACUAAUUAUCCUCCGGAUAGAUUCGAUCCGUUCAAGUGGGGUAAAGAUUCCUAUUACGACGAACUCGCUAAAGUUCAGAAGGCCGAGAUGGACAAGCUCGAAAAAGCUAGAAAGGAGAAGACGAAGAUCGAGAUCGUUUCUGGCACGGCCAAACGGCCCAGUAGUUCUAACAUCACGGAAGACGAUGCCAAGAAGAGGAAAAGUAAAUGGGAUCAAGUCGCAACGGGAACCACUGCCUCGGUAAAACCAACCGUUCUGUUAUCUCAACCGACUCUUACGACUUUAACGUCGUCCGCGACGGGCACCAAAGCGACGGUAAUAUCUGCCUUUGGAUCUUUACCAAAGAAAAGACUGUAACAUAUCUUGUAAAUCACUUGUAAAUAUCUCGCAUCUUUGUGGAAGAAGUAAAACACACCUCACUCCUUAUUUAAAAUUGUACAAUAUAUAUAUGUAUAAAGAAGAAAUAACAGCGAAUUUCGUACAGAAUAGCAUGUACGUAAGCUCGUGAGAGUACACGCGACCGUACGUUCAUUUAUAUGGCCAUGCGACGCCUGUAAAACCGAUCAUUGGUUUUGUUGAAUUUAGUGUCUCGAUUGUAUCAUUAGCGCAGUCAUUGUCUGCUAAAUCGAGAAGAAUGCAUUCGAAAUCAAUGGUUUUCAACGAAUGAAAGAGAGGAGUAGGAAAUUAUAGGAAUUACAAAUUU